AUGCCGUUCGAGCCCGAGGUUGUGUCCUCUCCGGGCAUUCACACGCAACGUCAAGUGGAGGCACUCUACGCUGCACCCAAGUAUUUUGGCGAGGGCGUCGCAAAACAGGCGUUCAUCUCGACAGGAAUCACAGUCAGCUAUGCCGUGCUGGAGUUGCCACCAAUGAACGCGUCUGUGGGCGUGGAACAGGUGGUGCUGGUUGCAGGCUUCAUGCAGCCCAAGGACACGUGGGCGCACUUUAUCGACUCGUUCUUGCCCAAGUGGAACCAGAAGCAGCGCGGUGUGGGCCUCAGCAUCUUGGUACUGGACAAUCGCGGCUUUGGCGGAACGGACGCACCCUUCGGCAUGUACUCGACACGCACCAUGGCGGAGGACAUUCUCGCAUUGAUGGACCACAUCGGCUGGCGUUCUGCACACAUUGUUGGUGGCAGAUACAAGGCGAGUGGACGGUCGCUGGGUCUGAUGGUUCGCAAAACUUUUUCGUUUAAUUCUGUUCCAGCGAAGGCGAACAGCAUGGUGGACACACUGUUCCCGCAGGAGUACGUCGCCACAACGAGGAUAGCUGAAACAGGCGAGAGUGUGCGCUCUGCAAUUGCGCGCAUGUACGAGUUGCAACUGAAGAAAUGGCCUGAACCGAGUCUCAGUGGCGUCAUGGGCCAGACGGCAGCAGUUCAGACACACUUCGUAUCGGACGAGAGGCUGCACGACAUGGACGAUGCUGGAUUCCCGAUUCUAAUCGUCAGUGCGAUGUUGGACGACGUUAUUCCAGCAGCCGAGUCUAUCGUCCUUAAGGAGCAUCUAAGUGGUGAGCACGUGCACACACUGUUCUUCGAUACUGGAGGCCACGGUGCUAUUUGCCAGUACGCAGAUGAAAUCGCUGACGAGGUUAUCGAAACCAUGAGGCGAGCGUCGCCACCCUUGUGA